AUGUCUUUCGAUCCGGAUCGUUAUAUGAUAGGACCCCAAGGUGCACGUCGCCUUGGUUUAGUUCUCGGUGAUAGUGAUCCUAUUACAGGGAUUUCAGCGAUCCAAGAACAGUACAAAGUCAACAUCGCAAAUAUUGAGAAUGUUUAUCCACUACUUGAAUAUAGUGGUAUGUCGAGAUAUAGUAUUCAUGCGGGAAUUUUAGAAGAAUUAAAAGAUAAAUUCAUAAAAGCGAUCGAACAAGAGAACUGGGAUCAAGAAAAAUUUAAUCGUUUUUUGUCAAAGACAUUAAACUUGAUUUUUCUUAAAGAAUUACGACCAGUAAUUUUAGCACUUCUUAAGAAAUAUCCCGAUCGUAUAACAUCAGAUAUUUAUACUCUCUUAGCACAGGAGCCAUCUAUUGACAAGGAAGCACCAAUUGAGAUAAAGAGAGGUUUAUUAAUUCGGAAUAAAGCAAAAUUCAAACAUGUUGCUCAAAGGGAAUUAUUAAAUUAUGUACAAAAUUUGGGAUUAUGUAUGAUGUCAAAAGAAAUGAGAGGAAUAAAUGUUAACGAAAUUUUGGAUAAACGAAUAAAUGAUAAUGGAUUACAACAGACUAUUAUAUUAGUUCACGAAAGUGUGGAUCUUUUCGAAGAUUUUCUACAAUUCGUUAGAGAAUGGUUUAAGGAUUUUGGUCUCUCAAAAAUAUGUUCUUAUCGUUUUGAUUUCUUCAUGGGAAUGCAGAAAGCUGGAAGAAUUCAUAUGUGUAAAAAAGACCUUUCCUACAAUGUAAUUUGGUAUGUCAAUGGAGGAAUUAGAAAGGGUAUAGAUUUACAAUGUAUGAGUCAAAUAAGUGUUCUUUGUUCUAAAUUUAAGAAAAAUUCUUCUAGAGAAUUAGGUGACAUCGCAAUGAUUUUUUUAGAUCCAAUCGUAUAUAAUGUUUUUUCAGCAAAAAUAGUAGAAGUUUUAAAAAGAUACCUUGAUGAUGUUGUCAGGAAAAAUUCUGAUAAAAAUUCAGAAGUCAAACAUCCCACAAAAUAUAUUCAUAACGUUGUGACCUCAAUAACGAAAGAUAAAGAAUCAACCCUCAAAUGGUUAACUACUAUGGUUAAUCUUGGAAGUAAUGCUCAUAGAAUGGUGAUCACUAAAAAUUUCACCAUGCCUCAAGUGGAAGAAGAUAUUUACACAAAAUUCUAUAAACAAUUACUCUUUUUGAUGUUUGAUGAUAAAAUUCGAUAUCAAAAUACAGCGAAUAUGCUCAAAUUGAACGAAACCGCUGAAGAUGAAGAUGAAGUGCUACCUCAGAAUAAUCCAAUGUAUCAAUUUGGAGAUAACGAAUUGCGUAUAUUGAAACGUAGUGAUGUAACCAGAAAAGUAUUUUGUCAUUAUAUGCUUGACCGUUGUGAAAAAGGGGACGUUAUAUCUUUACGACGAGCUUUAGAUUACUUUAGACUUACCUUACCAGUGGAAUAUAGUCCAAAUUCUUCUCAUGUUGAAGUAUAUGAAAGUGCUUGGCAAACCCUUAUUACAUUAAUUAUUAAACAUCAUCGUGUUCGUACACUUUCUUCUAUCAAAUGGAGUGGAGUAAUAAAAGCUUUAGUCAAUACACCAUGGAGAUCAAGUAUGCAUGAAUUGACAGUUAAGUUAUUACAAGAAUAUUAUUCAGAAGAUGUCAGCGCAGCUAUAGCAAAAAUUGGUUGUAUGGAAAAAUAUAAAUUAGUAAGGGAAUGGGCUGAAUCACUUGCUAGUUCAUAUGCAUCAACUGGUCUUAAGGCGCCUCUUCCACCAAAACUUUAUCUUCUUUAUCAUGACCUUUGGGUUAAAUCAAAUACUUUCAUGGGUGGAGUGUUCAAAAUUACACAAACAGCAUGUCCUUCAUUAUAUGAAUUCGAAAUACUAUAA